UGGGUGAAAAAGUAAGCAAUGUUCAGGAUCAAUAAAUUUGAAUUGGCCUAGAGAAAAACCAAAACAAUCACAUAAAUUGCCUUCUUUUUUCAUGAUCUUGAAAUUUAUUUUGUGAAUUUUUCCAGACAACAGUUAUAUGGCUGAUCGUAUUCUGUACCUAUCAGCUAUGAUGACUGGAUGUGGUCAAGGUAGGCCACAGUGGUAUCACAUUUUUCAUGGGACAAGCAUACAAGCCACAAGUCAAGACUAUCGAUGUCACAUUUUCUUUCAAUGAAAAUUAGAAAUAUCAAAUAUUUCGCCAUGGAAUUCAAAAGUUGGCGUCACACACGGUCAUCCCGCUCCAUCGAACUCUGAACAUGUCUGCCGACCUUGACGAGCUGGUUGCUCGUGAGCUGCAGCGUCAAUAUGAAGCUGAGGAGAAGCAGAGACUCGCAGACGAGGCAGCCUCUGAGAGACUGGCCCAGAAACUGGCGACCGGCAGUCACACCAUGUCUGACUCUGAGGGCAGCGACUCGGGCGGCAGAGCCCCGUCCGUGGAUCGUAGUAGGAUAUUGGUCACCCCGGUGCGGCAAAGGACACCAUCCGAGGACUUCAGCAGAACCUGGGCCACUCCUGCACGGCUGCUGGUGCCGCCUGGUGGGUGCAGCAGAACCACUCCGUUACGGCAGACGCCGUCCGGGGGCUGCAGCAGGACCACCCCGAUACGGCAGGGGUGCAGCCAGUCGUUGAACACCCCGGUACUACAGACCCCGUCCGAUGGGCGCAGUCGAUCUCCGUCAAUAUGGCGAACACCGGGGCAGACUACCUCUGCGUCGGUUAGCCCCCGCGGUGAGUCGCCAGCGCCGGCGAGCCCACAGCAGCCUCCAGCGGUGGCGAUCCAACCACAACCUCCAGCGCCGGCGAGUAAACAGCAGCCUCCAGCGGUGGCGAUCCAACCACAACCUCCAGCGAUGGCGUGUAAACAGCAGCCUCCAGUGCCUGCGAGGCAACAACAGUCCCCAGCGCCGGCAAGCCCACAGCAGCAACCUCCAGCGCCGGCGAGGCAACAACAACAGCCUCCAGCGCCGGUGAGGAAACAACAACAGCAACAUCCAGCGCCAGCUAGCCAACAACAACCUCCAGCGGCGGCAAAGCAACAACAGCAUCCUCCAGCGCCGGCUAGCCAACAACAACCUCCAGCGCCGGCGAAGCAACAACAACAGCAACCUCCAGAGCCGGCGAGCCAACCACAGCAGCAACCUCCAGUCACGGCGGCGACCAAAAGACGCGCCUCCGUUCUGUGUGCCCCGGGGAAGCGGCGAGCUCUCCCGUCCACUCUGGGUGAAGCUAGUGCGGCGGCCACAUCAUCAGCAGGUCGCGGGCGUGGCUCGGCGGCGGCUACAUCAUCUAGAGGUCGCGGGCGCGGCGCGGCGGCGGCUACAUCAUCUACAGGUCGCGGGCGCGGUUCGGCGGCGGCUACAUCAUCUAGAGGCCGCGGGCGCGGCUCGGCGGCGGGCCGUGGCAAGCCUGCGGCGGUAGGGGAGCAGGGAGCGACUGGUAACGAAAGUGCACCGGCUGGUGUGCCUGUGUGUCCCUUUGGCGCCAAGUGUUACCGCACCGGGAACCCGGAGCACAUGGCGGCGCUGUGGCAUCCGGGCCGUCCGUCCGGCCAGGCCCAUCAACGUGAAGCUGGUGGCUCUGCGCAGAAUGCUGGUGCCAGAAACGGCGCGGGUGCUUCAGGACAGCAACCGAAGCCGAGGUGCACCAUCGCAGACCGGCUGCGGGAGGCCGAACCGAUGUCGUUCUUCUUGACCAAGGUACGCUCUGUGAAGUCCACGUGGCGGGAGAGGAUGGCGGUGGGCAUCGCCGAGCUGCUCGACCCCUCUCUGGGUGAGCUGCGCUCGUCGCUGCAGGUCAACUACAUGGUGGACCUGGCCUGGCUCCUGGAGGCGUACACCGUGCACGGCUAUCAGGACAAGCCGCUGACCGUGCUGCACGGCACGAACGGACUCAUUGAUCCGGGCUUUCCCGGCAUCAUCACGCACAAGGUGAAAAUGCCCAUGCUGUGGGGAACUCACCACACCAAGAUGAUGAUUUUCGAGUACACCGAGGGCAUGCGCGUGGUGAUUCACACGGCAAACCUGGUGGAGAGCGACUGGGAGGACCGGACGCAGGGUGUGUGGGUGUCGCCGCUGCUGCCGACGCUGCCGGCCGGCGCUCCCGACACCGCGGGCGAGUCGCCGACAGAGUUCCGUGCGCACCUGCUGUACUACCUGACCCACUACCAGCUGGACAUCCUGACGCCGUGGAUAGAGAGGGUCAGACGUACUGACUUCAGCGCCAUUCGUGUGUUCCUGGUAGGCUCUGUGCCGGGUCGGUUCGUCGGCCCCGAGCUGAACCGCUGGGCUCACAAUCGGGUGUACGACCUUCUGAACAAGCACACGCCCCGCUGCAACUGGCAGCUGAUCGUCCAGUGCUCCUCCAUCGGCGCCCUGGGCGAGGUGCCCCACGAGUACCUGCUCGACGAGUUCUCGUUCUACAUGUCGGGCGGCCUGCGCAACGUACCGGUGGCCGUCAUCUUCCCGUGCGAAGAGGACGUGCGCACCAGCCUGGAGGGCUACGAAGCCGGCUCCUGUCUGCCCUACCGGUGGGGCCAGGACAACAAGCAGCGCUGGCUGUACGAAUUCAUGUGCAAGUGGCGCAGUGAGACGCGGAACCGGACCCGGGCGAUGCCGCACAUCAAGACGUACACACAGAUAUCUCCCGACGGCCGGAAGAUGGCCUGGUUCCUGCUCGCAUCACACAACCUCUCGAGGUCCGCGUGGGGGGUCACGCAGAAACAGGACAAACAGAUGUGCUCCCGCUCCUACGAGCUGGGGGUGAUGUUCCUGCCCAAGUUCCUGGGCUGUGAGUAUCUGUCGGUGCUGACUGGGGACUCGGUGGCACCGGGCGGCAUCAGUCUGCCCUACUCUGUCCCGCUGACCGCCUACCAGCCGGGAGAGCAACCCUGGAUCAUCGACAAAGCUCACAAGAAGCCAGAUAUAUUCGGCACAUCCUUAAGUAAGCCAACUUUCGGCUGAGGAGCCCGAACGAGUGGCGUCGGACUGGACGGUGCGGCUACUGAGCCCCACUGGAGUGGGAUGGUCGGCGUCCAGCGCAGCUCAUGAAGCUCACGCGAUUUGUUACUGGAGAGCUGUCUGCGAGAACCGGGCGGAGUAUGCAGCCAGAAUCCUGGAAAUAUGCUGGAAGAAGGGGUUGUCUCGAGCUGGGGAAUGUCGAAAAAGGUCUCAACAUUGCAAUUGGAGAUGGUCGUGAUCCUUCCUUUCUGUUGUGCCUCGUGGAACCUAGCAGUAGAAGUAAUCUUGGUAGAAGCUGGAUCACGGUUGCAGCAGGAUUAGACUGUUGUGCGUCGACAGUUAGACGGUGACGUGAUUCAAACUUGUGUGCUGCAUUUGCCUGUUCGUGCUCUGAUCGACGAUUUGCUGCGGAGUGUGAGUAGCUGGCGAUUGAGGCAUCGUAGGCAGUCGAGUUUCAUCGUUUUAAAUUACCCUUGAAUUGUACACAGGCAUUUGUCUUUCAGUCACGUGUGGCUUUUCGCCAUGGCGAUUUUUGUCGUUUUAUUAUUUUGGCGAUGUCUUGCAACCAUUGAAUUGUUGAUUGCAGGAAGGCUGAUGUGGUGCACUUGAAUAAAUGAUUAUUUUGUGAA